AAAGCCGUGCUGGCUCGCGCAGAGUCGGCGUCGCAAAGAACCUGAGAGCGCCGCGGCAUGCUACGGUUGGCGACGUCCUCGGCGAGGCCAUGGAGCUGCAUAGCACGAGCGACGAGGGCCGCCGCGGGAUAGCACGGACGCCGAGGAUCGCUCUCCCGUGCAGCGCCGCAGCGGCUCGUCGGCGGCUCGUCGGCUGCGGCCUCGAACGGAGAUCGCAUGGAGGUCGAGGAACCUCCCUCUCUGAGCAGUGCUCCAGCGGAGCCUGCGCAGCAGCAGCAGCAGCAGCAAGCAAGCGUGCUCACGCUGGUGGCCGAUCUCGAGAGGGAACCUCCUCUCGCCUACCGAUCUCGAACUUUGAGUGCGAACAGCAGAUCAAGACGGCGAAGACCGGCGUCCAUCACUCCGUCUUUCGCAACCCUCUCACGCUCGAGGUCUACAUGGCCGCCGCCCACCGAGACGGCGACAAGUUGUACGAGGCGAGCGACGACCUUUUUCGCUGGGCCGAGAGCGAGGAGAGGGCCGAGGUAGCUGCCAGGCGGGCGGAGCGCGCGAGCGGCGCGGCGCAGCUGCCGAUGGCGGGCGAGAUGGACGUAGACGGCGGUGACGACGACGACGACGACGACCCGGAGGCGGAAGAGGAGGCGGCGAAGGAGGCGGAGGCGGCGCGCCCAGAAGCAGGAUGCUUUCCUGCUGCAGGGUGCAGGAGGCGCUGCAGGAUCGCUCGCCGCUGCGCGAUGCGGCUCGGGCGCCUCGACGCUCGGCCGCUCGGGCGGCGCGCUCGCCCCGGGCGAGUCUGCGCGGCCCGCGCGCGCAAGGCGCGCGCAAGCUGCUGCUGCUCCUGCUGCAGUGGCGGCUGCCUCCUUUUGCUCUUCGGCUGGUACGAGCCGGGCGGCGGAAGGCGGCGACGGGCGGCGGCUGGCAGCGUGGGCCGCGGCGGCGCGCGCUCGACAGGCGGAUCGCGGCGCCCGCGAGGCGCGGGCCGCGGAGGUUGGCAGAGCCAAAGGCUCUGUCCUGUUGGAGGUUCCUGCUGGCGGCUCGCCGCCGGUGGUGGGCGGGGAGGGCGGCUGCCCUCGCUCGCUGCCUGAUCCUGGACGUGCCCACGUCGUGACUGUCGGAGGUAAUUUGCUCGAGCUCGUCUCGGGCGUGGCCGGCACUCCGUUCUCUUCUUUUGGUGAGGC